AUGACAUUGCUUGUCAAGCAGAGUCUUAAGCAAAUUCUGCUGAACCUUAUGCUUAACCCCAAGCAUGGCCCAUCUUACAACAAGUCUGCCCCACAAUUUAAAAUAGCCCAAGAUUUCCGCCAAUUUUCCAAAAGCCUCCCCCACACUCCCGAUAAACCUCGUCGACUCCUUUCCCACGCUACUUUUUCCGGCAAUCUUUACAGGAAACCGAAAGGUUUCUUUCCUUUCAUUAAAAUGGUAAGAACUAAAAUGUGGUCUUCCCACAAACCCAAACUCAGCAAAUUUCGACCUAAAAUGGGUACUCCAUCCUCAUUGCCCACAAACCCUAACCCCAGCCCCAGUCCGCCGCUCCCUCAGUCACCGCCACCACGAACGCCGCCAUUACCUCAAUCGCCACCACCUCCGUCACCGCUACCACCCCCAAGCCAGAUACCACCUCUCAUUCCGCCGACUCCCCUCUCACCGCAAACCGAACCGCAAAAUGAAACACCAAUUCUCGACACCCAUUCCCCAGAACCAGUGCCUGAGCCUGCGCCUACUCAAACGAAAACCAAAGGUAAAACUAAAAGGGCUGUAGGUAGACCCAAGGAAACCCCUAUCGGAAAAUGA